GCCCCUGAGGCAGUGGGAUGGGAGGUUCGAAGAGAAGGCUUUACAUUUUUUCCUUCACUUGUAUCACAGUUUGAAAUGGAAACGGUGACACUGAUGAUAAAAAUCCGUUCAAGAAUUUAGAUGUGACAUCUGCCGCAGGUUCAGAUCUCUCAGCCAUAAGACAAACUGGAUACUUCGUAAAGAUUGUCAUCUGUAAUGCACAGAGAGCCAAAAUCCGUUACUGAAAUUGUCUGGGUGAGCUGCCUGCUGGGUCCAGUGAUGCACUAGUAGACAAAGAAGUUGAAAAAGAAGGCUGGCAUAUUCUUUGGAUGACUGGCAGAGUGUGACACCAGUAUGGCAUCAAGCCCUCCUAUGAUUCCAAGGACUUCAUGACUAAAUAAAAAUGAUUUUUUUUUUGAUGGGGGUGGGGUACUGAAGUAACUUUGAUCUUUGCUUGGGAAUGUGUAAUGUAUUAUCAUUCCAUAAUGCUAUAUGGUAAUUGCUUUGGUAAUCAAACUUUAAAGAUCCUGUCUAUUUAUGGAACUUACGUGCUUAUCACCUUUUAGUGUUGGAUUCUCUUACUCUACAGAAAAUACUGUAAAGAAAAACAUCUGCUUAACCUAAAAAGGUUAAUUUAAGGACCAUGAUUUUCACAUGGAAGUUUUUGCUUGGGGGAUUCUUGAAAUUUUGCUCUCCCUUAGAGUAUUUAAAAUAUAUUUCUAUUUGCAGUACACUACCAUACCCAGAAUUUUCUUAGAAAACAUCCUUUUGUGUAGGCUCUUGAACUUAGUAGUAAGUAGAAGAUCAUCCCGUGCAGUAUUAAUGUGCAUAGAACAGUUAAUAAAUUAAUAACUAUUACUAAUAAAUAUCUUCAGACCCAUUAACUAAAUUCACUUAAAAUGAUUUAAUGAGCGGGUAUGAACUGGAAAUAAACCUAUGUAUUUUCUAGAACUAUUGAAUCACAAGAAAACUGGAACAUCAAAGUAUUCUCUGAACCAAAUCAGUAUUUUAUUUGGUUUGAGUCCCUGCUUUUGGAAUACAUCUAUUUAUACCAGUUAUAAAGGAUUUGAAAGCAGUGCUAGGAAAUGAGGUGGGUGGAUUCUCUCAAAGUUGAAUUCCAUUUUUUUCUCAGUGAAUCUUCAACAUUUUUUUCAUCUUAGCAUUCAACAAAAACUCUGGCAGCCCAGGAUAUAAAACAUAGAUUACAUUUUAUAUAGUUCAUACAGCUCAUCUACAAACAGAAUGAUUCCCUCAUGACUUACCUUGAAAUCUUUAUUCAAGGCAUACACCAUUCAAUUUGUCAGUGUGCCACUGCUGCUACUGCACGAUUUCAGUCAGAGUGCAGUGCAACUAACAUAGCCAUCCUGCUAGGAAAAAGAUCUGUGGGUUGCUGAAUAGUGGAAGUUACACACAUCUCAUUUACAAGUCAGAUUAGAGAUCAGAAUAAUACUUUAUGUGGAAUUGAUUUCAUUUCAUGGUUUUUAAGCUAUUUUUUCAUUGAAGCAAUGCCUGUGACUGAAAGACAGGUGUGUUGUAGCACUUGAAUGCCUUAAAUGCUUUUGCAUCUGGAAUGAAAGAGAUGUUCUUAUAGAUGUUUGGAUCCUAGAACUCAGGGAUUUUGAAGUAAAAUUCUCUGUCAUUCAUUUAUUGUGCCAUAAUUGAACUGCUUUGCAGAUUUUAUUUUGGAUUAUUAUGAUUAAUAUUUGGAAAAGUUUGCCAUUUUCAAAUAUAAGGCACUUUAGGAAAGACUGAGUGCGUGUGUGUGUGUUUACAUAAAGCGACAGACACCUUUUUACCUUAUAUAUAAGAUAAAUAUAAUAAGAAGCAUGUAGAUUUAACAUUAAUAACCCAUUCAAAUCAGGAAUUCCAUUGUGGUCUUCUGGAAACCUCUAUAAAGGAGGGGAGGAGGACAAUAAGUAGAACACUUUGUAUAUUGAAAUUAUUGUUUUUUUCCUAAAGUAAACCUUUUCCAAAAUGUGCAGAAGAAUGCAUAAAUAUAGCUUGAUAGGUUGCAGUUAUUCUUAAUUCACCUGUUCUUACUGAAAAUGAGAAGACGUCUCAUAAAAAAAUCUUGAGGCAGUGAUUUGGCGUACCUUGGAGAUAUUGCAAGUUUGGUUCCAGACCACCACAAUAAAGUAAAUAUAGCAAUAAAGUACCUCUGCAUUAGCCACAUUGGACAUAUGUAAAGAGGGUCAUCAGUAUAUCUGGAUCAUCAGGUUGUGCUUUAAGAAGACUAUAGGGAAGAACACAUUUUCUUCUUGCCGCAAGAGUUGCAAUACAAAAUCUGGGAAGGCUUGAAGGGGCCAAUGAGUAUUCUCAUCAUUGAGGCAUUCUAUGGAGGGUCUCAUAAACAGCUGGUGGAUCUGCUCCAAGAAGAGUUAGAAGACUGCGUCCUUUAUACCCUUCCUGCAAAGAAAUGGCAUUGGAGAGCACGGACGUCGGCUUUAUACUUCUCUCAGAAUAUUCCCAUCAGUGAGCAUUACAGGCUCCUCUUUGCAAGCUCAGUGCUUAACCUGACUGAAUUGGCUGCCCUUCGGCCUGACCUUGGGAAAUUGAAGAAGAUUCUCUACUUCCACGAGAACCAAUUGGUGUAUCCGGUCAAGAAAUGUCAGGAGAGGGAUUUCCAAUAUGGAUACAACCAAAUUCUCUCAUGCUUGGUGGCUGAUGUAGUGGUAUUCAACUCGGUUUUUAAUAUGGAGUCAUUUCUCACUUCUAUUGGAAAAUUUGUGAAGCUGAUUCCUGAUCACAGGCCCAAGGAUCUGGAAAGCAUCAUCAGACCCAAGUGCCAAGUUGUUUACUUUCCCAUCAGGUUUCCUGAUGUGAGCAGAUUCAUGCCCAAGCACAAGAACGUCCAUUUACAGAAGAUGCUCAGCCUCAAAGGAAAUGACAGUGCUGCUCCAUCCAUAGCCCUUCCUGCCCAACAGGAGCAGAGAAGUUCUGAGGAUUUACGCAAGGAUUUUGAUUUGGAUUCUGGACCUUGUGAUGCUACACGACAAGAAAACCUGGGUAGCUCAUUAAUGCAGGAGUCAUACUUGAAAAUGUGCAACUCAUCAGAUCAUUUGAGUUCUCAUCAUGGGGAAAAUAAACAAAAUCCAUGUGACAUUUUGAGUGGAGUUGAUCAACAAAGACCAUUGCACAUUGUCUGGCCUCACAGGUGGGAGCAUGAUAAAGAUCCAGAGACUUUUUUUAAGGUAUUAAUGCAUCUUAAGGACUUAGGACUCAAUUUCCACGUAUCUGUCCUUGGAGAAACCUUCACAGAUGUCCCAGAUGUAUUUUCAGAGUCCAAAGAGACACUGGGAUCGUCUGUCUUGCACUGGGGCUACUUACCCAGCAAAGAUGACUAUUUCCAAGUACUGUGCAUGGCUGAUGUUGUCGUCUCAACAGCUAAGCAUGAAUUCUUUGGAGUGGCAAUGUUGGAAGCUGUGUAUUGUGGUUGUUACCCACUUUGUCCCAAAGAUUUGGUUUAUCCCGAAAUAUUUCCAGCUGAAUAUCUGUAUUCUACACCUGAACAGCUUUCAAAAAGGCUCCAGAAUUUCUGCAAGAGACCAGAUAUUAUAAGAAAACAUCUCUAUAAGGGUGAAAUGGCUCCUUUUUCUUGGGCAGCCCUACAUGGUAAAUUCAGGUCUCUGCUUACAACAGAACCUAGGGAAGAUUUGUGACAGAUGGGGCUAAGUCACAAACUUGCAGCCUAAGGCAGAAUCUGUAGAACUUUCCAGAGUGUGCCCAUAUUUACCUGAUCAGAGAGAAAAGAAAAUCUGCAGAGGAAGCUGAGCCUGGCUGCUUGUCAUAGCUGACACAGAGCCAUCUGCCACAAACCUGUGGCGGCUUCAGAUCUCCAAUCCCUGCCACCACCCCAACUCAAAUUAAAUACAGAUUCCUAGAGACGUUAUGAUGGUUACACAUGUCCUCGGCAUCACAUGGAGGAGACUGUUCAAAAAAAAAUAUGUGGCCUGUUGUAUAACCGCACUCAUGUAUCCCAUAUGUGGUGCCACAUUGAAUUUCCGGUUGAAUCCGUUUUUAUCCUUUGUACUGGAUGACAUGGUGCCUGAAUUCUUUCUUUUCGCCGACACGAUAGCAGCCAAACUGCAGCUUCAAACGCUCACACUUGGCUGGGUUUCUACCUAGGUUGCCAGGUUAUCAUCGGAGCCUCAAAGGGCCACAGGGUCUGAAAGGAGGAUCGGAAUGCUACCGUACUAAUUGGGCAGCCAUCUCAGAAUUGUUUGUGGGCAAAGGGCUGCUUUAGCACUUUUAGCAAAUUAAUGACUCUCUGGCACAGGGGUUUUUAAGUGAAGGUAUUAAUAAGGGGUCUGGCAGGUAUUCCCAUGAUUCACAGAGUUACAUUUGCAUUUAAUUUAUCUUAAAGAAAGUUGCAAGAUAAACAGCUGUAAUUCAGACAAACAUGGGAAAUACACUAAGUGGGGCCAUCUUGCUCAUAAAAUGAACACUGAGAUACUUGUGUUAAUUUUUUUUUCCUGGGGUAAAAAUAGAGAAAUCAAAAUGCUUCUAACAAAACCAGUAGUUUUGAUAUAAAUAUUCCUGGAAAAUAUUUGCAUCCAGCUACAAAUAUAAUCUUUUCAAGAUAAAUGACUUACAAUUCCAAUAGUCAAGCUGCUGUAUUUGUUGAUGUAAAGAUGUUUUGAACAGCUAGAUUGUAAAAUAAAUUUUUAAUAAAGUGCCCACUGCAAGUUUUAAUUAA